UACAUCCAUGCUGUCACAAAGGGUAGAGAAGCUCCUUUUUUCUCUCUGCUGUGUAGUAUUCCAUUGUGUAAAUGUACAAUAGUUUUUUGAUCCACUCAUUUAUUGAUGGGUACUUGGGCAGCUUUUCAUUCUAUGUCGAACUAGGAAAGUAACCCAAGACUUUAACCAAAAUUCUUAUCUAUUUGUUUAUUACUUUAGAGUUUAUUCAAAUUGUUAUAUGAGUCAUUGCUUAGUAGCUUUUUGGCCAAUAGGAUUUCAGUAUGCAUUGCACUAAUGUAAACUCUUGGAUUGGCUUAACUACCUCUGAUGUCACAAUUUACCCAUUAGGAAGUCAUAAUUUUCUUGAAAUCAUAUUGUACUAACAACAACUCUUUUUUAGAAAGGUAAUCUACCCAAAAUAGAAAUACUGGAAGGAGCAAGAUGUCUUUGAUCCACUCAGGGCUUUUCCGUUAAUAUGCUUUAAUUAUCAACCACUAACAAUCAAAGCUAGCUUCUUUACUUUCUUUUAUAAUUGACAUUUUGUUUUUCAUGUUUGUCAGUGAAUAGACAAGUGGAGGUAUGAGGCUACUUACAAUUACUCCUUCAAUUCAUAGUUCUAUUUCAUCUCGACUGUUGAGGCUUAGCAUCUUACUGCUUACCAUCCCUGACUCAAAAGGAAAAGCAAUUUGGACAGCUCACCUGAAUAUAACAUUUCAGGUGGGAAACCGCAUUGUAUCAGAAUUAGGAGAGAAUGGAGUGUUCGGGAAUCAUUCUCCUCUGGAAAGGGUGUCUGGUGCUGUGGUACUUCCUGAAGGAUGGAAUCAGAAUGCUUGUAAUCCUAUGACCAAUUUCAGCAGGCCUGAACAGGCAGACUCUUGGUUGGCCCUCAUUGAACGGGGAGGCUGUACUUUUACACGUAAAAUCAACGUGGCAGCAGAGAAGGGAGCAAAUGGCGUGAUCAUCUAUAACUAUCCAGGUACGGGCAACAAAGUAUUUCCCAUGUCUCACCAGGGAACAGGAAAUACAGUUGCAGUGAUGAUAGGCAACUUGAAAGGCAUGGAACUUUUGCACUUGAUUCAAAAAGGAGUUUAUGUGACAAUCAUCAUUGAAGUGGGGAGAAUGCACAUGCCAUGGCUGAGCUAUUACCUCAUGUCUCUGCUUACCUUCUUGGCUCCUACAGUUGCCUACCUUUUCUUGUACUGUACCUGGAGACCUAGAGUGCCCAAUGCUUCCACCAGAAGGCGGAGACAGAUAAAGGCAUAUGUGAAGAAAGCAAUUGCUCAGCUUCAACUGCGAGUGCUCAAAGAAGGGGAUAAGGAACUAGAUCCAAAGCACAGUUGUGUUGUUUGCUUUGACGUAUACAAACCCCAAGACGUAGUGCGUAUUUUAACUUGCAAACAUUUUUUCCAUAAGAUGUGCAUUGACCCUUGGAUUUUAGCCCGCAGGACAUGCCCCAUAUGCAAGUGUGACAUUCUGAAAACUUAAGAAACCUAGAGAAUUUUCUGAAGAUGUAACAAAGUCUUUUCAAAGAUUAAAAUUAGGUAAAUUCUGUUAGCGCUGUAUGUAGAGAGAAAAUUUAACUCCAGCUUCUCUACCCAAGUAUUAAACAGAGUGAAAUUCAUGUUUUUAAAAUAAAAUUCCAUAUCAUACCAACCUAUUUGAACUUGUUUUUCUAAUAAGUUUUAAUUUGUAUACAUUUUUGCUCUAAUCCAAAUAAGGACAUUAGUAUAUGUUAAAAGCAAAUUAGUUUUUAUCUUCAAAUUACAAUGUUUGUGAAAUUGAUGCCACAGAGAAUGUCAUAUUUUAAGGAUUUUCAUAUUAAUUUUAUACUUUGUUACCAUAUUUUCUUUAAUAUUUGAUAUCUAAUAAUAUCUCUGCUCAGUAAACUUUAAUAUAGGAUUAGAUCUUAAUUCUCCAUCACUAAUUAAUUUUUAAUAACCAAGGAAUGUGGUUUCCAAGGUUACUGAAUGGGUAGGUAAUAGUUCUAAAUAAUUAUUUAGAUGAUAACACUUUUUAUUAUGUAACUAAUAAUAUUUUAAAUUACUAUAGGUCUCAUUAAGGGUAGCAUUGCAAAAAAUUGCCUUUGUUUGCCAGAGUCCUUUAAAUCCUAGCAUAGUGCAUAAGCUAUGGUUAUCACAUUUUCCUUCUAGAAAUAAACUAGUAAAUGCUUCUCAAAAUGGUGGUGAGUGCCUCUUUGACAGUGCAGAGCUGAAAUUUUCAGUUGCCUUUCCAAAUUGUAUCUUUUGCUUUACUUUGCCCCUGCUUUUUAAAUAUGUGAAUAAAUACCUGUGAGAGGCUGAAUGAUUUUGGUUAUGUUGUUUUGAUGAAAUCUCUCUUUAUGGACAAUAUACUAAACCAUUCAUGUCCAACUUGGUACUUUGUGAGUCCACACACUAUGUACUAUACUGUCUUUUAAAAGAAUAAUUGUAUAGAAAUACAGUCAGGUUAAUGACCUUUGAUAAAAAAUUGAUCAUUAUUAGCUGAAGGUUUCAAGUCAGUAUUUUCUUAUGCCACUUUUUUGCUGGGUCCAUAGAGCCCUUUUCUCCUUCCUCUUUCUUGCCACAAGUCGUCACGUUGUUGAUUCACAUUUCAUACAAAGUAUUACCAUCCAUUGUCCUGGUGAGACCCAAAUCAAAAGUGUCUCUUAGCAUUGUGUACAUAGAGGUCAGAGACAUUUAAUUUCAAGGCCAAAGUCCUUCAGUGGUUUCCUAGCUGGCAAAUAAGAACCACUGAGGUAUUAUACCUCUAGGAAAGUGUAUGGCAGCACCAGGGACUGCUCAUGUUUAUUAGUUCACAAGUCACUCUUUGGCUCUGAGGUCAUACUGCACCAUUGACAUAAGUCUAGGUAAAAUACAGGCAGAACUGACAGUGUGUAUGUGAAGUCUUCCUCCAUGGAUGUUUGUUGAUUUUAGAUAUUUUAUUAAAAAGUAUCUAUGAUAUUUAAUAGUCACUGCUCUUUGUGGUUAAUUUUAAGUGGGGACCUUGAUGCUUUUCUUUCUAGAAUCAGUAGUUAUAUUUUGUUUACAAUGAGUUGUACUAAUCUAAUACUGCUAUAUUUAACCUUUCCUCUUAUAGCCUAUAUACUUCCUCAUCUUCCCUCAAAAUAUUGUUCAAUUAGUAACAUGUUAGGGUCCACAGAAAAAUGAGAGUAGUGUUUGUCUCUACUGUUGUUGUUGCUAUGUAUGAUCAGUGUAACAGUCAGGAAGUGAGGCUGAAGUAAUUUAACAGGAUAUUCUACAUUUAUUUAUUUAUUUAUUUAGUGUUGAUUUUGGACACAGGAGAUGGGAGGGAGAAACAGAGACAGAAUCAUUGAUGUGAGAAACACAAAUUUGAAAAACAUUU